GCCACUUGUUCCAAUUCAGCCACCGUAGCACUUCUGCCGGGAGCUGAUUGAUGACGUUUUAAGGACAACACUGUAGCAGAGGGGCUAAACCGAGGGAGAGACGAAAGAUUCUGCUCUGAGUGGAUUCCUAAGCAGAUCCUACAGCAGCCGCCAGGAUGGGGGAGAGAAAAGGGACAAACAAGUAUUACCCUCCAGACUUUGACCCUGCCAAGCAUGGCUCCCUUAAUAGAUACAGGAACAGCCACCCCCUGCGAGAGCGAGCGAGGAAGCUUUCCCAGGGCAUCCUUAUCAUCAGGUUUGAGAUGCCCUAUAACAUCUGGUGCGAUGGCUGCAAGAAUCACAUAGGAAUGGGUGUACGCUACAAUGCAGAGAAGAAGAAAGUGGGGAAUUACUACACGACACCCAUUUAUAGGUUCAGGAUGAAGUGUCAUCUGUGUGUUAAUUACAUAGAAAUGCAAACGGAUCCAGCCAACUGUGACUAUGUGAUAGUGAGCGGAGCCCAGAGGAAGGAGGAACGCUGGGACAUGCAAGAUAAUGAGCAGAUACUCACCACCGAACAUGAAGAGAAGCAGCGCCUGGAGACAGAUUCCAUGUUCCGCCUGGAGCACGGAGCCAAAGACAAAGCCAAGCUGCAGAGAGCUGCCCCUUCUCUGUCUGAGCUGCAGGAAGUACAAAGCGCGUGGAAAGAUGACUUUGCCAUAAACAGCCUGCUGCGGAGUAAAUUUAGGGAUGAGAAGAAACAAAUAAAGGAAGAGGAAGAAAGAGAUCAGGCCCUGCUUAAGAAAGCAUCGUUGGACCUGAAACUGGUGCCGGAGAAGGAGGAGGACAAGAAACUUGCAGCUCUGCUCAAAUACCGGAGCUUAGAGUCCUAUGAACAGAAGCAGAAAAAGAAGAGAUCAGAGAUAUGCAACCGGUCCUGGUUUUCCCCUGGAGCAGACAGUGGGCAGCAGACACCGGGGAACGCACUGAGGAAGUUAGGAAUCCGACCUAGAACCCUUUCCGCUCCAGGGAUCAGCCCCGUGACUCUGGGAGUCGUGCGACGGACGUCCAAAGAGGAAAACAGGGCAGAAGAUAAAUUGCCCGCAUCUCCCAAUGGCAGCUGUAGCAGUAGUGCAGGAGGGGAGAGCGUAAGGGAAGAGACUGGGAGUAAGGUGGAGAGCAGGGAAAGGACUCAGUCCGAGAGUGAUCUCAGUUCUGUACAAACACUUGCUACAAGCACGUCGACAGCUCAGGGGAAGACUUCUACAGCGCACACAGUCUCCCUCUCCUGCCUUGUGCCUGACUAUUCCGACUCCAGCUCUGAGAGUGACGGGUAGGGAAUCUACAGGCAGACUCCUAAGGACCCUUCAAUGAUAAAUCUAUGCACUGCACCUGAUCUGUAACCCUCUGAAUGCAAAUGUUUUGCACCGAGGCAGGAUACCGUGGGAAGUACUGGGACCAGGCCAGCGCCUACAAGACUGUACCAAAAGCCAUUUGACCAAUUUCUGCCUUUGCCUCCUCUAUGACUAGUUUUGCUGUCUCUCUUGCUAAAUGGUUAUAACUGGUUUACAUCAUAUGUCCAAGGUGUGGCCCUCCAUUAUUGUACUACAGUUCCCAUCAUGCAUGCUGCAUUUUUUUUUUUUUACAUCCCCAUUUGGCAAAUAAAAGGUUCAUUUUGGCCUGCAAUGCAGACUUUAGCCAGAGAGGGCGUUAGACCAUUGUCUGACAUUAUACUGGCAUGAAGGUGUACUGAGGAUGUGGACUGAUGUAAAUUACCGCUGUUAAUAAUAUGCAGUGUACGUGUAAUUAGCUCAUUGCGGAGACAUUAAAUGUGAGAAACAUCA